AUGGGCUUCACGGCCACUGCAACUGCAACGCUCCUGGCCGCCUUCUUCAAUUUGGUAUCCUGGUGGCGCCGCGACAGGGAUGCUGUGCUCGGUACUGAGGUCAAUGACCCCAGCUGGGGUGGUGAGGAUGGCCGCGCCAAAGCGGACGUUAUAGUCGUUGGUGCUGGUGUAGCCAGAUGCGCCAUUUGCUAUGCGCUCAGUAAGCCGCGGCCGCGCCUCCACCCGCCGCUGCUCCUGCUCCCGCGCCCGCCCGCCGCUGCCCCUGCUCCCGCCUCCGCCCACCGCUACCCCUGCCCCUGCACUCGGCCUCCGCCGCCUCCUCCUCGCUCGCUGCCCCUGCGCUCGGCCUCGGCCGCCUCCUUCUCGCCCGCCGUGCUCGACCUCUGCCUCCUCCUCCUCUCUCGCUGCCCCUGCGCUCAGCCUCUGCCGCCUCCUCCUUGCCCGCCGCGCUCGGCCUCCGCCGCCUCCUCCUCGCUCGCGGGCGCGCCACUGCGGCCCCGCCUCCGCCCACGCCCGCGCCCCCCAUGCUACUCGCCCCUGCUCCGCCUGCCUCGCGAGACGGAGCAGAACGAUGUCCAAGAUGAUCUUGCGGUGUAUUUGAGUUCACCUCCUUUGCCCGAGAUCAUCCUACCAUCAAUCCCAAGACAAUGA